AUGAGACUUGACCUUCCCUUCGUAUCCCUCAGAAGACCUAUCCGACAAGUCCGAAACUUCACUACCAACUCACAACCUCAUCCUCCCAUCAUUUCCUCAAUUCCAACUCUAUCCGACUCGCGUCAAUAUACAAAUCGUAAGACAUUUCUUUACGCUUAUUAUUCUUAUCUCUUCCAUCGAUCUAAUCUCGUUCUACUGUUCGCUCAUGACAAUCUUUCCGUGAAAGAUUUACAAGCUAUACGUAAGAAUAUACGUUCUAUCCCUCUAACCAACUCAACCUCUCCAGUCUUGCUCCCUAACAACCAACCACAACCACAUCUAUCUGAAGAAAUAACGAGUGGAGGAAUAUCAAAUGAAAAAGCCACUCUCACCAUCUCCCGUACUGGUGUUUUGUCCGCCGUCACACGUUCUUUAUCCCUUACUUCGACUCGAUCUCAUUCUUCUUCACUCACAUCUCUUCUUGAAGGUCCAACGGCUCUCAUCACAUGUCCAGAUUUAUCUCCUCGUUACUUGUCCAGACUUCUAUUAACAAUCCAACGGACGAUCAAAAGUCGGAAUAGAGACGGUGUGGAAGAGAAGAAACAGCCGACAUUACGACUCGUUGCUGGUGUUUUGGAAGGGAGAUUGAUGGAGGUUUCCAGGGUAGAAGGAGUGAGCAAAUUGGGAGAGAUGGAUCAAUUGAGGGCGGAAUUGGUAGGGUUGUUACAGAUGCCAGGGAGGCAAUUGGUAGGUGUUUUAGGACAGGCUGGAGGAGGUGGGUUGGUGAGGACUUUACAAGGGUUGGAAUUAAGUCUGAAAGAGAAACAGGGGGAGAUGAAAGUGUGA